CAGUUACCAUACUUUUCAGCAGAUCUCAGCUUGGGCAACUGAAAGCUGACUCAUCCUGCACUGAUCGAUCCUGAAAUAGACCUUAUAUUUCCCCAGAUAUUUUUUUGAAAUUUUGGGGUACUGACCCUUCAACCUUGCAACUUUCAUCUUUUGGAGCUGAUGAAAUCAAGUGAAAAAAAUACAUUGCUGGUUGCCAAAAAUAAAAGCAAAAAAUUCUGGGGAAACCCAGAAACCCUAGGUUACUACAUGAGUGGAGGUUGUGAUUGACAGGGUGGAAGGUUCGACGCCCUGAUGCUACCCCUCUCUCAUACACACCCACAUCAGCUCUGAUAUAAGAGAAGACAACUGGGAUCAGACCAAACACCUCACUGGCUUUGACCAUCACAACACCUGCUGCUGCACCAUUAUCUGGCGUUACCAGUAAUGUUGAAGGAUGACGUGUUGUUCAUUGUCCUCUGCUGCAUCUGUAUAAAGAUAAAGCUCCUGGAUGCAAAGAUUUUGCUUGUUAAGACAUCAUCCGAGGCCACAAAGGACCCAUCUUUGGCCCCUGAAGGUCCUGUAAAGGUUCACAAUAUCUCCAUCCAUGCUGUCCAAAAUUCCCCACUGAAUUCCUCAAGCGCCUCAGUGCAGGUCUCUUCGGGCCUGUCCAGCCUCUUCAGAAUCCCCCUGAGCUUGUCCCAGGACUCUGUUGAUGACAUGUAUUACGGUUGCUCCCAGAAGAUGCUCAUCCAGGUGAAACUUCGCUACCUACCAAGGCGCACCGGGGAAGGUCUGCACACCACGUACACAAAGCUUUGUGCCCUUAAAGCCAUGAAGACCAAGGACAUCUACGACCCUCUGUCCUGGAAUCACUUCAGGGCUCUGUGUGCCUACACAGCCGGGUCCUACGACGACUUGAAUCGAGCAGUCCGCAGGGGGAAGGCUUCCUACAAGACCUCAUUUGAAUUCCACGCUCUCCACUUCUUGCUGUCAGACUCCAUCCGGCUCCUGAAACUCAACCAAAGGAGCUGCUACACUACCUACCGCAGGAGCAAGCUGCUCUUCAGCGGGGAAGCUGGACAAACCAUCCGCUUUGGCUCCUUUUCCUCCAGCUCCCUCAACAAAGAUCUGCGUCAGUUUGGACGAAGGACCUGCUUUCAGAUAGUCACGUGUUUCGGCGCCUACCUCAAAUCAUAUUCAGAGUUUGACUCUGACGAGGAUGAAGUACUGAUUCCUCCGUAUGAGAUGUUCAAUAUUGUCUCUGUGGACACGUCGGGAGAGAACGAUUUACACUGUGAUGUUUUCUACAAGCUUGAGACGGCGGGGGUUUACAGCAGCCUCAACUGUCAGGCUGUGGACCUUUAAAAAGUACAAGGUCUUCCAUUUUAACACUAUAGUUUUGAUGCGUCAGUGUGAUUACUGUGACCAUGAGCCACAGUGAUUCAUUUUGAUGAUAAAGAUAAUCAAGCUCAAACUGUUAUAUUUAAUUUCACGGUGAAAAAUAUUGUGGUAAAAGAAAUACAGAAAUUCUGCAAAAGUCA